AUGGUGUUGCUGUGGUGCGUGGCCUGCGUCGUGCUUACAGUCUUGGCUCUCGCGACGCUUGUGAAGAUAUACAGCCUGGUCACAGUGGGCAAGUGCAGAUCAACGCGGGACAUGUCGGGAAAGACGGUGAUCAUCACUGGAGCUAACAGGGGAAUCGGCAAGGAGACAGCCCGUGAGCUUUGCCGGCGCAACGCGCGGGUAAUCCUGGCCUGCAGGGACGUGCACAAGGCGCGCGCGGCGGCGGACGAGAUCUCGCGUGACACCGGCGUGCGACCCGAGUGCAUGAGUCUCGACCUGUGCUCCUUCCACUCCAUCAGGCAGUUUGCGCAGCAAGUGGUCAAGCAGGAAGAGCGCCUAGAUGUCCUGAUUAACAACGCCGGCAUUUUGGCCCCAUUGGGAAGAAGAGAGACGGAAGAUGGAUUUGAAGUUACAUUCCAGUCCAAUUACUUGGGUCAUUUCUUGCUGACCAAUCUCCUUCUCGGUCUCCUCAAGAAGAGCUCGCCCUGCCGUAUCAUCAACGUAGGCUCCAUUGCUCAUUGGGGUGGAACGUUUGAUGCCGAUGUCGACUUCAAAAAGUACAGUCAAAACCACGUAUACACCAGCACCAAGCUGUACAUGACGCUGUUCACAAUGGAACUGGCACGAAGACUCGCUGGAACUGGUGUGACGGCGAACUGCUUGCAUCCAGGAUUUGUUAAGUCGGAUUUUGCGGACCAAGCUACCGACUUCUACGCAAGGACAGUUGGCUUCGUCAUUCGUUUAUUUGGGAAGAGCGUCAGUGACGGCGCGCAGACAUCUGUGCAUCUGGCCGUGUCGGAGGACCUGGAAGGAGUCAGCGGCAAAAUGUUCUCCGACUGCAAGCCGUCGUUUGCGCCUGGAAAACUGCAAGAUGCCGAAGCCUUAUGGGAUAUCUCGCAGAGAAUGGCUGGCCUGAGCUGAAGGCCAACUAAUUCGGGUGUGAAGUGCUUGAACAAAGGAGUUAUGCAGUCA